AACGCCGCAGAAAGAACAAAAACGAUGCGUAUAACAACUAAAACGACAAACAAGGGAGAUAUAUAUGAGGGAAAAUAAUUUCAGUUUUUUGUUUCCCUUCGGAGUCUCCACUAUCACAGAGAAAGCAGGUUCUGUGCUCCUUAAAUCAUUACUAUUAGCAGAUUUUCCAAGGCAGCUAUUAUGAGUUUCACUGGUCCUUCCGUGGGUGCUGGUGGGAAAACUGCUAGGAGGGCGUUUGAGUUUGGAAGGACUUAUGUGGUUAGGCCUAAAGGUAAACACCAAGCUACUGUUGUAUGGUUACACGGUCUUGGUGAUAACGGAUCGAGCUGGUCCCAGCUUUUGGAGACCCUUCCUCUUCCAAAUAUUAAAUGGAUAUGCCCGACUGCUCCAACUCAACCUAUAACUGUGUUUGGUGGCUUCCCAUCUACAGCUUGGUUUGAUGUGGGAGACCUUUCAGAAGAUGCUCCUGAUGAUUUAGAGGGUAUGGAUGCUGCGGCAGCACAUGUUGCAAAUUUGUUGUCAACAGAACCCGCUGAUAUUAAAUUGGGUAUUGGAGGCUUCAGUAUGGGAGCAGCAACCUCUUUGUACUCUGCAACUUGCUUUACUUUGGGGAAGUAUGCAAAUGGAAUUCCAUAUCCUGCCAAUUUGAGUGCAGUUGUUGGACUAAGCGGCUGGCUCCCAUGUUCAAAGACCUUGAGUAACAAAAUCGCAGGGGUAGAUGAAGCGGCAAGGCGUGCUGCAUCCCUGCCCAUUUUGCUCUGUCAUGGCAAAGGUGAUGAUGUGGUUCCUUACAGGUUUGGUGAGAAGUCUUCGCGUGUUCUGGGUUCAACUGGAUUCCGGGAUGUGACAUUCAAAGCAUACAACGGGCUUGGUCACUAUACAAUUCCUCAAGAGAUGGACGAGGUCUGUGCUUGGUUAACUUCCAAACUGGGGCUUGAGGGAUCCUCAUCAUCCUGAUAGUACACAAUGUGCAGAGAUGUAGCAACAGCUAAGAAGGAUUGAAGAAACUGGAUGCGACAAGUUAUUUUACAGUUGCAAGAAAGAAAAUGAAAUAGCCCAAAUGAUAUCUGUGUUACACAAGAUAGUAACGGCAGUCUCCCAGUAAACUGUUCCUUGUCAUGUACUCAAACAGUAGGUUGAACUUUAUUUAUAUUGGAUUGUAUAUUAUUGGGGUAAUUACUCAUUUAAUUUAAUGUUUGGAAGCUUGCUAUUAAAAUGAAAUGGUUCAAUAUAUAUGGAAUACUUUUGCC